AUGGAACCAACAAAGACCAAUCCAAUCAGGAGGAAACGCCCGUUCCUGUCCAAGACAAGGACGGGAUGUCUGACUUGUAAGGUCCGCAAGGUCAAAUGCGACGAAGAAAAGCCAGCAUGUCGGCGAUGCACGUCUACGGGACGGAAAUGCGAUGGGUAUGCGCCAGCACCAGCAUCAAGCUCGGUCUCGGCGACGCGAUCAAAGUCCCUCUCUGUUAGGAGCAGCAGCAGCAGCAGCAGUAGUAACAGCACAUCGCCUUCGCGGCGCGCCAGCCCCCGCCGCCCUCCCUCGGCCGACUUGUUCGCCUCAGAGGCCGAGAGAAGGAGCUUCGCGUACUUCGAGACGCGAGCCUGCCAUGAUCUGAGCUUGGGCGGCUCCUUCCACGGGCAAUUCUGGGCGAGAGAGGUCCUCCAGGCUGCCGUCCACUACCCUUCCACGCGGCACCUGGUCGUCGCCAUCGGAGCCGCGUUCGAAGCAUUCCAGGAGUCGGCGGUCGUCUCGAGCGGGAGCCGAGAAAGCAACGCCAUGAGACUGUCCAUUGAGCAGUGUAACCGGUCGAUACAGCUGAUGGGCGCCCUGUUUGACGCGGCCCGCAGUGAGGCCCAGUCCGUCGAAACAACGUGCAACAUCCUGACGGCGUCGAUCCUCUUCGCGUACCUGGCGUGUCUGCAGGGACAAAUCAGCCAGGCAAUCGACCAUGUGAGAUCGGGGUUGAAGGUGCUGCAGGAUUUUGAGAAGGCCAGAUCACUUGGCCAUGACGACCACGAGCACGAUCGCCCGGCGGAUAUUUUCCCGGUCUCUGUUUCACAUCUCAAAUCACUACUCACCUCGAUAUAUGGACAAAUCCGAUGCAUGAUCAAUGACGAGGCUCUAGCCACCUGGGAACGAGAUCCGCUCGUCUCGGCGAUUGAUCCAGUUCUCAGCUUUUCAACCCUCGCCGACGCGCACGGCUACGUUGAGAAUCUGUGGCACAAUCUCCUGGCAUUGCUGCAAUAUACGGAGCUUCACCCGCCCAGGACGGCCGACGAGGUCGCCUUGUUCACAGCACAUCAUCAGCUGUUGAGCCGAUCGCUGGACAGCAGUAGGGAUGCACUAGAGGCUUUGGCCUCUCAGCGGACGCCGCACGCCGGCAGCCGCGACGAGCAUGGCCUCAACAUCCUGCGGCUGUAUCAGACGCUGGUCGCAGUUCGACUGCGCAUCAAUCCGCUAGAACCUGGCAAUCGGGAGGCCGCUUUUGACGAGCUGGAACCCGAGUUGGAACAAAUGCUGCGGUAUUGCGAGUUGUUGGUCCAGGACCGGAGUCGGGGUCACGGUCACGGUCACGGUCAGCAGUCAGACCUCCGGUCUUCUCCUUCUUUCUCCUCCGGUCUGGGCUAUGUCAUGCCCCUUCACACGAUCGCUGCUCGAUGCAGAAAUCCGCGGAUCCGCCGCCGGGCACUCCAACUCCUGCUGAGUAGUGGCCGACGGGAAGGACUCUGGGACGCGGGAUUGACCGGCAAAAUCGUGACGACAACAAUGGAAAGAGAGGAAAGGCUGCGGACUGAGCCUGUACCGAGUGAUGGCCGAGUGAGGGAGGUCAAGAUCGAGUUUCUGGGCGAGAGGAGAGCGCGUCUGCGGUACAUUACCGUGGCCGAUUGGAGGGCCCGGCUGUAUGGCGAGCAACAUAUACUGGAGUGGUGA